UCGAGGUUUCAUUGUUGUUAUCUAUAUGGUUGCUGCUGCUACUCGUGGUGCUCAUCACCACACUCGUUCAUCAUCUUCUUGUAUUAAUCCUCAUUCCUCGUGGAAUACCAGUUGUAAUACCACCCGUCUAGCUCUCAAUCGGCAUCUUGUCCAACGUGCUUUUGAACGACAUAGGAGGUCACGAGAAGCAUAUAUCGAUUAUAAGCUACCUCUACCACGAAUAGAUGAGGAAAUGCCUACUACCACCAAGGUGGUCUCGACCAGCGGGAACCAAUCAUGGGCAGCAUUGUGUGACGAUGAUGACGAUGAUGAUGAUACUAUUUACCCUCGUCAAGAUGGUGCGCUAUUUCGAGAGCAUCAUUAUCAUGAUCAAAUGGUUGCUGCUGAUGCCGUUGAGCAGCCUCUCAUGGAUUCAAGAGGAUCCAGGUAUACAAUACCCCGAUCUAAUCGUAACACUAAUAGUAAUACCGCUACAGGCAGGAAUAGAUCUGAUCGUUAUCAUAGAACCGAGGUUAUUACGGUUACUACUACUCUUAAAGGGGUAACUGAGUUCAUUUCCCGACGACGACGUCGUGGUUGUUGAUGAUGGUGUAUGUUGGGGAUUAUCUAUUGAGUACAUCUAUAUCGUCAUCCUCUGCCGGAUUUCUAUCCUUCUCGAAGACUGCUAAGUUAGCUGUACUAACCACACUUUGCUACUACUCCUGCUAUGUUCAUUAGGUGUAUACUACUCGUCCAGUUUUUCAUAUUCGUCAUACUUUUGUAGUGUUGUCUCUGUGCUCAUCUCACUGCCAUUCCUUUACACCUUAUUAUCAUUGCUCCAUUUACAUCGUCCAACAACUGCUAUCCGUGGCAGUGCUCUGCUCACUGUACACGUUCCAAC